AUGGUAUAAGACAGUGCAAAGCCAAAUAUAAUCUCGUAUUAUUUGCCUUUUGAAAAUCACCCCCUAAAUUGAAUUUUAGGGUUUCUAGCAAUUCAAUCAUGUCUAACAUAGACUGCGUGGAGUCGGUGCCGUUCAAGCUAAACGCGGCUGUUGACGAUGAAAGGAAUGUGCAUGGCUUGUCCGGCUACGAAUUACCCUCGCAGACGCCAAAACGAAUAGUUUUGGUGAAGCGAAAGGCUGAUUUUGACGACGACUCUGUUUCCGACGAGGAGGAGGAGGAGGAGGAGGAGAGCAGAGAUGAUACUGAUUUUGUUGCGAACAAUGAGCUCAAAGAUAGUGAAGAACAAAAAACUGCAUAUGAGGAGGAGGAGGAUGAUGGUUAUGAAGGCAGCGAACAGCAGGAAAAGGACUAUCAGGAUUAUUUGAAAAUUGUCAAGGACUCUGAUGGUUUUGAUAUCGGAAAAGGUUUCAGAGGGAAUUAUUUUGGUAUUAAGAACUUGGUCAAUCUAAAUGAUCCUGAAGAGAUUUAUACCAAGCAAUGCAUUGAGGCUGUUCAUUCUGUAAUUAAGCAACAGAACGAUGAGAAGGGUGCGAAUUUGGCAUUCGUGGAGCUGACUAGCGCAAAUUGGACAUCAUUUGCUCUUUAUUAUGCAACCUUUAAAGCUAGAAACAAGACUACUAAUGAGGUGAAUACUUAUCAAACAAAGGUCUUUCGCUGUUUAAUUGACGGCGAGACUGAAAUUGAUUUGUUCAGGCUUAAACCAAUUCGAGAUAGUACAGCUAUCCAAGCUUAAUUGUAGCUGCAAGAUGGCAUAUGAUGCUUGUUGAUUGUGGAGAUCUCCGACAGAUUCUUAUUUCCGGUGUUGUAAAUAGGUAGGUAGUAUGAAAACUUUUGGCUGGGACCAUAUGUGUGGUUCUCAUAGGAGUUCAUUUGUGAUAUGUGUAGUUCUACAUUUUGGAAUUAUGAACUUGUCCAGUUUGAACUUAUUAUCUUCUGUACAUUAAGAAUUUAUGUAUUUAGAUGAUGAUCAUUGCUCGGCUCUGAUCUUUGAUGCUUA